CGUUGAUUAUGUCAUAUACGCGACGACUAUUGCAGCUGAAGUUAUACAGUAGUUGCAAAUUUGAGUUUGAGCAGAAAUUUCACGUGUAAGUCGUAAUUAUUUAUGUUUAAAAACAACGUAUGUGUCCAUCGUGUCUCAUUUCCAGGUUAUUGAUUGCUUUACGCUUUGUUUUAUGCUGAGCCAUGCGAGGAAUUAGUAUACAUACAGUCUGUUUACAGUAUGAAAUAUUGUAAAUAUUGGAACUUAGAGAGCAGUAUGCAAUAAUAACCAUUACACGGGUACGAAUUUGGCCAUGGGUUUCACCGUUAUAAUCAAUCUUAAAUCGUGCCUUAGGCCUGCGUUACCUUUUAUUAAUCAAGGAUCUUCAGCGUUCCUUACGUUGGCGUACACAGCACACAUUCAGUGCUACAUGAACUGGAGCUCCAGCCCUGGAUUGAGCAAAGACAACAGUAGACAGACCAAUGUGCAGGCUAGACUGAAAAAUAGCACCAUUAGACAGAGGACAGACGGGUUGUGGGACAAUGUGGCAGAUGGAGGAGGCAAGAACUUUAAUCCCCGGCAAAAUCCUUCCAUCCCAAAAUCUGUGUUUGCUGCUGGCACGGCGAAGAGGACAGCAGAGAUGCUGAGGAGGAAGGCGGGUUUUUGCCCAGAGGAGAAUCAUCAUGAGGGGCCUGCAAGGAGGACAGUCGGGAGGAAAGGGAAGCUGCAACCUCCUGACCAGCCGCUAUCUGUUGACGAGUGGAAGAAACUGAAGGAGUCUCUGGGAAGUCCGGAACGAUUUGAUAUUGGCAUCUUGUCUACACUGUUGAACUCUGGGGCAGAGUUGGAUAUUGCCAAGUCCCUGCUGUCAUUUGUUGCCACAGAAACAGGAACGGUAUCUUAUGUACUCCUAUUGCAGUAUCUGGCACUUUGUGUGAAUGGCAAUCAUGACCAAGAAGUACUUGAUGUCUACAAUAUCAUGCGAGAGAAUUUCCCCUCUUUGGAUACUGGAGCUUAUAGUCUUGUUAUUAAGUCUUUCAGCCGUACAGCAAGAUGGCGCGACGCUCUCAGCAUUUUAAAUGACCUCAAAAAGGUGGUUACCCCAUCACCUCGCAAUUAUGGCAACAUAAUUGCUGCAGCCAUGCUUAAUGGUGACCCAAUCACUGCCUGGGCUCUUUAUGAUGAACUAUUGGCAAAGGGUCUAAACCCACAACAUGAAACAUGGACCUGUCUGUUUAAGAGAGUGCAUGCAGAGGAACAAGAGACCAUGUUGCUGAGCGAACAGCAGGAGAGGCUUCUGGGAAUUCUGCUGUACAUGAGGAACAACCAAGUUUACCCACAGCUGACUCUGGCUAGCAGCAUCAAGACCUGGUUUGAAAGUAUUCCACGACAGAAGUGGAGAGGAACUUGGAGCACCGCCUCUCCAAAUGGCGUGUGCAAGAGUUGUGGAACAGAACUGGAAUCCAUCCAACUGACUGCUGAGGAGUACCAACAGCUGAGAAAUAGAGUCAUGACUGACAUCAUCCAGGGACGUGACGUUUUCAACAAGACCACACCAGAGGAGUUGGAGAGAUUCAAGGCAUUUGUGAGGAUGAAGCCAGCCUUUGAUGUCGUUGUGGAUGGUCUUAAUGUGGCAAAUAUCAACAAGGACAGAAGCAAGCAAUCAGAGAUGUUGCUGGCUGUGGUGUCGGAGCUCAAGCUACAGGGCCUUACUGUUCUGGUGCUCGGGAGGAAACACAUGUUGCGGCCCUCCAGAUCUUGGAACCGGCACAACAUGAACCUUAUUCAGCAGAAAGCUCAUUGCUUUUUUACUGACAACAUUUCUGAAGAUGACCCCUUCCUGCUAUAUGCCGCGUUGCAUUCGGGGAACCACUGUCGCUUCGUGAGUAAGGACCUGAUGAGGGACCACAAAGCUUGCUUGCCGGACGAAGCCACCAGGCGACUCUUCUUCAAAUGGCAGAGGGGCCAUCAGCUGGUUGUGCAUGGACACAUUGUGGCAGGCAGGAGGGUCCGAUUUCAGAGUAUUCCCAGCUGUGACACCAUUGUGCAGACUUCAGGAGGCACCUGGCACAUCCCCUAUGACGACACAGAAGACAGGAGCACCUAUGAAGUACCCCAGAAAUGGCUGUGCCUUACCAGAAUUCCCUGAACAUGCACCUUGAAAAUGGAUUUCGAAAAGAAAUUAAUCAGAUAACUUCAUCACUGCCCUACAAUUGGUUGGCAACCAGUCCAGGGUGUACCCUGUCCCGCGUUCAAAGUUUGCUGCUUGCUGCUAGGAUCGGCUCCUGUUAUUUGCCACUCCAAUAAGGACAAGCACGGAGAGAAAACGCAAACUCCACACAGGAAGGCCGCAGCCCGGUUUCAAACCACCAAGCUCAGUAUCGUGAGGCGGAAAUGCUAGCAACACGACCAUCAUGCCGCCGCGCAUCACACUUUCCAUCACAAAGGUUGGAAAUCACGGUGAUGUUAUUUAAUAGUCCAUUAAUAUUAUAUCAAAUCUUGUUAAAAAUGGCAUUUCUUAAACAAUGAUGCGCUGCUAACUAUGGAAAAUGUUGGGACUCAAAAUCAGCAACUGGCCUCUCCCAGCAUUAAAAUUGGAAUCCUGCAAAAUAAUCCCAAUUUUUAAUAAAGGUACCUGUGAUCUGCUUCUUUUUUUUCCGCUAACUGUAAUCAAAUAGUUAACUUUUUUGUUGUUGUUGUAUUCUGAUGACAUAAUCCUGUUACAUGCACAGUAUUCCGUUACUCCCCACGCUCGAAAUUGUGUGUAAAGAAACCAAGAUAUUUAUAGGCAGUCUAAUAAUCAUUACAUUGAUUAUAGCAUGGUUUCUAGCCUUCAAUGAACUCUUUAAUCCGUAUAUCUGUGUUAUGUUUUCAGUCUCUCUCUUGACAUCUGAAAAACCCUUCAUCCAUUAACUCAGCAUAUCCCAUCUGGCUUGGGGCGAGCAGUCACCAGAAAUAGACGUGGUCACAUGAAUCAUUAAGCUCGUACAUCACUAAUGUUUCUUAUGUCUAUGUCAUGUGUUCUGAAGAACAAGCGGCUGGACGUCGAGACAGUCACCCAUCUAUUCAGAAUAACAGAACACAGGCUGCAUCAUGACCGGCAUGAUGGCCCGGAUAAUUUGAGCUCCAAGAGUGCUUGUAUUGUAUCGAAUAAUGUAGCCUAUGUAUAAUUUUGGAUUGAAUCAGGCAGUGGCGGGCAUUUGCACUUAGUGUGCUGAUAUUUUGUAACGCCUCCUGCCAGGUAUCAUCUGGCACAGGAAUCCCCAAUUCUUUUUCCCACCCCUCUUUAAUUGAAGCAGUAGAUGUUGCACAAAUCCCCUGUAUUGCGCUAUGUAACAAUGAGAGUCGUUUUUUUCUGGCCCGAACUACUCACUCAGGCAUCUGUCCAAAGCAUCAGGCUUGGCCUCUCAAACUGCGGCACAUGACAGCGAACGUAAUUUCGCAGUUGAAGAUAUCUGAAAAAGUGACAUUUUUGCCAUGAGAUUUUCUUGUGUAAAAUGGGUGCCUUGGCUCAUUAAAUGUUGGGAAACUGCUCUGCAGAACUACUUGCAAUCAGCUGUCGGACAUUAAACAAGUACGACAUACAUUCCACUCAUUAUCACAUUGCCAUUGGAACAGGAAUUCAGAACAGUGAAAGAGAUUUUCUUUUCCUUUAAAGAAAGCAAAAACAAGCAGUUCAUGGCCCGGCCAAAUUUCGGUUGAAACCCUGCUUGAACCUGUGAGGUCAGCGCCAGAAGCCGAUCUGAUUUCCUUCACCAUAGUAGUAAACGUGCUGGGUUACCUCACAAGCAAGCCUUUGGCGGAAUUGUCGCCUAUAUUCAAAGUCUGGAUGCUUUUUCUUCAGACAAUGAGUGAAAACAGUGAGGUUAGAUACAUUUCUUGUGUGUAAAAUCGCUGUAAUCAGAGGUGGGUAGGAACGCAU